ACUUUUAGACAUGGGAUUUAGUUUUAUAUAUAACUAUACGAGUGGGGGGUUUCAGCCGCAACGCUGGUCGAUAUCUGUAUAAAUUAUGCCUGCAGCGCCAGCAACGUAUAUCAACAACAAGAUAAAGGCAUAGAAGUUGCAAAGAUACCAGGAUGGAAGAAGCAGUUCAGGGACGAGUAGACGGGGUCCCUUCUACCGCCGGCUUCUCUCAGGGUCACUUCGAGUGGCAGACUCAGGAUGUGCGCUCGACAGUGCCGGCGGACAGCAUCAUCGCCAUCAUACAGACCGCGGACGAGGACGAGGACAGCCUGCUCUACCUGCAGCACGAUGCAGACGGCGAAUCAGCCCGUCUGGAGACGCUGAAGCUGUCCGGCCUUGCGUCUCUGCCCGGAUACUCCUCCCUCUGCCACGGCCGGCCGUCCCAUCUCGCAGCCAGCGUCCGGCUUCAUGUCAUCGUCUCGACGCUGUCCGGCACCCAGAAGGCCUCGUCGUUCUUCCAGCAGGCAGUCAAGCCGUUGCUCUCGCAUCUGCGGCCGGAGGGGGACUAUACAGUCCAUGAGACCGAGUCGGCAGAGACAAUCACCCGCCUGGCGAGGACCGUCUUCCUCCCGCAGGCGCUGGCCGGCAACCAGCAGACACUCAUUCUGAUGUCUGGCGACGGCGGCCUGGUCGACCUCAUCCGCGUGCUGGCCGAAGCUCCAGCUGCCUCUACGCUUGUCCGGCCCGUCGUCUGCCUUGUGCCGAUGGGGACGGGCAACGGACUGGCCAAUUCUACGGGUCUGCUGGCCGACUCGACCCUGGGGCUGUCGAGGCUGGUCCGCGGCUCGCCCGCAGACCUUCCGGCCUUUUGUGUGCGAUUUCCGCCUGGAUCGAUGUACGUGACGGACGAAGGACGCGGGAGGGAGCCGGUGGGAGCGGCAGACGUGUACGGGGUGGUGGUCGUGAGCUGGGGACUGCAUGCCUCGCUCGUUGCAGACAGCGAUACUGCAGCGUACCGGCGGUUCGGGGUCGACAGGUUCAAGAUGGCCGCCCAGGAGCUGCUUCAGCCCGCCGACGGGAGCGCCUCCCACAGCUAUUCAGGCUCUCUCGUCCUUGUCCGAGCCGACGGGGAAGAGGAGGGGGAGGAGGAGGAGGAGGAAGAAGUGGUCGACCGGCCAUCCCACAUGUACGUGCUGGUGACGCUGGCCUCGCAGCUCGAAAAGGGAUUUAUCAUCUCGCCGGCCUCAGCACCGCUCGAGAAACAGCUACGGAUAGUCCACUUCGGGCCCGUCCCGUCCGAGAGAGCCGGCGAGCUGAUGGCGCUGGCGUACGCUGGGGGCAAGCAUGUCGACCAGCCAGAGGUCGCCUACGCCGCCGUCGAGGCCGUCAGAAUCCGGGUGGCGGAGCCGGACGAGCGCUGGCGGAGGGUCUGCGUCGACGGGAGGAUCAUUCUGCUGCCCGACCAGCCCGCCAGACGAGCGAACGAGCCAGACGAGGCCGUCCAAGGGCAGAUUGAGAUUCGGCUUUCGCAGCGCCAGUUUUGCCAGCUCGUGAUGUAA